CCUUCCGCCUCUGCUCUGAAGGGGGCUGUGUAAGGCGGGCCUUAUCUCCAUCUCGCGAAGGAGCGAACGUCUGCACGCCUGCAAAGAUGUAGGCGGUGCGUGCUGCUGAAAAGUCUUUUGGUUUCACACGAACUUCUCUGUGAAUGAAUAGUAGGAAUAUCACCUAAUAAUACGUGUGAGAUGUGCUUGAAAACCUGCUGGUAGAGUUGAGUGCAACCAGUGUGGCUCUGCCUAGCAGGGUAGAACAACUCCCCCCCACAGAGAAUGCACACGGCUGGGGGUUGGGAGACAAGGCUUCAUAGAGUCCAAGGGAUCAUGGCCACUAAGAAGCUGAGAAGAGCAAAGUUGUCUCAAGAGCUAUGUGAAAGACUAAGCCGCUAUCAGAUCACUACCUGCCAGGACUUCUUAUGUCUUUCACUCUUGGAGCUAAUGAAAGUGACAGGAGAGAGCUACAGAAAUGUGCAGAAGCUUCUUCGGAAAGUCAGCCUAGCUUGUGCUCCCAAAAUGCAAACAGCUUAUGAAAUGAAAGUGAGGAGGUCUAUCAAUCCCUCUGCAGCCUUUUUACCCACCUCGCUGCAUAGUCUGGAUAAAGUCUUGCAUGGUGGAAUACCCUGCGGAUCCCUCACAGAGUUAACAAGCCCACCGGGUUGUGGCAAAACUCAAUUUUGUAUUACAAUGAGUGUUCUGGCUACGCUGCCUGUAAGCAUGGGAGGACUAGAUGGGGCUGUUAUAUACAUUGACACUGAGUCUGCAUUCAGUGCUGAAAGGUUGAUAGAGAUAGCAGGAAACAGAUUCCCUACUUAUUUUGACUCUGAUGAAAAGCUAUUUUGCAUGACCCGUAGCAUUCAUCUGUAUCGAGAGCUGACCUGUGACAGUGUACUGAAGAGAAUUAAGUCCUUAGAGGAAGAAAUUAUUUCAAAGAAGAUUAAACUCAUAAUAAUUGACUCUGUAGCUUCAGUUGUCAGAAAGGAGUUUGACACAAAACUCCAAGGCAAUCUGGCAGAGAGAAGUAACUUUUUGGCUAGAGGAGCAUCGCUGUUGAAAUAUGUGGCAGAGGAGUUCUCAAUACCAGUUAUCUUGACGAAUCAGAUUACCACAUCGUUGAGCAAUGGCCUCGCGAUCCCAGCAGACCUAGUGUCUCCAGCUCAUGAUUUGUCCCUGUCUGAAGUUACAGGAGCUUCUGGAAGCGGGAAGAAGGAAUCUGCUUGUGUGACAGCAGCACUUGGCAACACAUGGAGUCACAGUGUCAACACCAGACUCAUCCUGCAGUAUCACGACUUGCUGACAAGGCAGAUCGUGAUUGCAAAAUCCCCUGUUGCUCCAUUUUCCACAUUUUUCUACACCGUUGAGAAAUCAGGCUUGGUUCUUCAAGAUGGAAAGAACCUAUCAAAUUUACCCUGGGAAGGAACCAAUCCUGCCCUGCAAACCAUACAAGUGAGAAACACUGCCUUGGGAAAUGCUUUACUCAAGACCACUGAUGAGACUCCUGGCGACACACCCAGUCCAUAGAAAGGUGAAAUGCAAUCUUCACUGAGAAAUGAAUGAACAACAACCCUGGUUUUGAUAGCAGGCAUUCUUCUUUUGCCUCCUUAGAGACUAACAUCAAAAACAAGUACUGUUCUCUAUACAUGUGUAGUGAGACACUGAACCUUGGAAUUAGGAAAAUUUUGAAUAUUGUUCAGGUUAAAUGAUGUUGUAAUAAAACUCUAUGAACAACA